AGAAGAAGCAGCAAGAGAAGACGAAGCAAAACCCAAAACAAACACCCCCCAACACAACCACCCACAAAACCUUCACAAGUCUCCAUUAAUGGCGUAAAAGCAAUUACCUUUCAUUCUCCAUUGAAAGAAACUCCACCAAUUAAACUACUAACAAGAAGAAACCCAUUUUAGCUCUGGACUUCAAUUCUCUAUUUGAGGAGGGAGCAGAGUGAAACAGAGAGUGUAUGUGUGCGUGAUUGUGGGUGUUCUUUAGGUGUUUGUGUAUAUGCGUAUGAGGAGUAAGAGUGGGAGGAAACCUGGGGAAGCCCGGAGAGCACUUGUUGGAGGGUUUACUGGACUGCAUCCAUGAGAUCACGACCGCGAUUGCCUUGGCUAGUAGGAUGAACGACUCCGCUUACAGAGUCGAAACCACUUCUCGUCUUGCUCAAUGGAGGAUCGAAAACUUCGCUUCCUGUACCUACCGGAAAUCCGACCCUUUCAAAAUCGGGUUGUGGAAUUGGCAUUUUUCGGUGGAGAGGAACCGAGCUUUGUAUGUUAAACUGUACCCAGAGAUAUCGAAUUUUUCCAAAUACAAUCCUCCAAUAGCAUCUUUCGUCAUUAAAGUUGUGACCUGCUCUGUAGGGGAUCGAAAGGCCUUGACUCAUCCGGGGAUAACAGACAAGCAGAUCAAGAGUAACGACGAUUUUGUUUGGGCAAUUGAGGUUCCAUUAACAGGGAAGUUCAUCAUCGACGUUGAAUUCCUUGAUUUGAAGACUGCAUCUCCAGACGGUGCAGAACCUUGCUCUAUUUGGUCUGGAGGAUUUACUCAAACACGAUCGCAUGCAACGGCGCUUGCAUCUCUUGGUCGAAUGUUAACAGAAAGCAUCCACACGGAUAUAACCAUAAACGCUUCCGAUGGCAGCAUUGGUGCUCAUCGCGCUGUUCUUGCUGCACAGUCACCAGUUUUCGGCAGCAUGUUUUCACAUAACCUGAAAGAGAAAGAAAUGUCAGCGAUUGAUAUCCCGGACAUGUCAAUCGAAGCUUGCCAGGUCUUUCUCAAUUACAUUUAUGGAAACAUCCAACACGAAGAAUUCCUGGUACACAGGCUGGCUCUUCUGCAGGCAGCUGAUAAAUACGACAUCUCAAACUUGAAGGAGGCUUGCCAUGAGAGUCUUCUGGAAGAUAUUGACACAAAGAAUGUGCUCGAGAGGCUGGAAAAUGCAUCUUUGUAUCAGUUACCGAAACUGAAGACCAGCUGCAUGCGGUAUCUUGUGAAGUUCGGUAAGAUAUUCGACAUACGAGCUGAGUUCAAUGUCUUCUUGCAAUGUGGAGACAGGGAACUGAUAGCUGAAGUAUUCCACGAGAUUCUCAAUGCCUGGAAAGGGUUCUAAAAAUGGAAAAGUGUGCUGUAAUUUAACACUUCCAUUAAAAAAAAUGGAUUGUUAGAAGAUUUAGUGUGCAGGGUUUGGUUCCAUCGGAAUCAUUCUUUUGUUCAUAUUGAAUCUGAUUGUCUUCCAUGUAAUUAUGUAUUGGAUUGUACUUAAUGAUUUGUAUUUGAAUGGUUGGGCUUUGUUGUCUCGAUUUCAGAUAUCUACUUUCAU